AUGGAACCUUACGGGGCUCUGUAUGGUCGUAAGUGUUGGACUGAGUUGGGUGAACGACAGAUUUUGGAUCCUGAGUUGGUUUCUGAGACUGAAGACAAAGUUAGAUUGAUUCGGGAUCAUCUUAAAGUGACUUUUGAUAGACAGAAGUCCUACGCAAAUAUGGAAAGGAGGACCAUUGAGUAUUUUGUGGGGGAUUACGUGUUCCUUAAGGUAUCUCCGUGGAAGAAGGUUCUACGAUUCCUACGUAAGGGCAAGUUGAACCCUAGGUUCAUUGGGCCGCAUCAGAUUCUGAAGCGUGUGAGACUGGUCGCUUAUCAGUUAGAGUUACCUUCGAAAUUAAAUUGUAUCCAUGAUGUGUUUCACAUUGAGGUUAGACCAAAUUUGACAUUUGAGAAGGAGCCGGUUCAAAUUCUAGACCGAGAUGUAAAAAUUCUAAAGAGGAAGUCUAUUCCAUCAGUUAAGGUUCUGUCUUGGAAUCAUGGCACUAAGGAAGCCACGUGGGAACCUCAGGUCUCGAUCUGUCAACAGUAUCCACAUCUAUUUGAAUCAGGAUUUGUAUAUGUGGAGGAAGUAUUCUCUAAGGCGACAUUUCGUGAAUAUACAGGCAGCUUAGCUGUAAUCCUCAGACAUAGGCAAGUCGAUGCGACGGAGGUUCAGCGGUGA